CAAAAUACUGGAAAAGCCGCGACGCCGAGAAAUAAUGAAGUCUUUUGGCGAUGAUUCGCUGUUCGCCGAUAUAAAUAUUGAAAAUAAGUGUAGUGUUCUGCGAGAACAGAACGGAGAUAAUGUUUUGCGAAAAGAAAACGGUGGCGAUGUGGGUAGAAGUUCUAAACAGAGCUUACUGGUUUCGGAGUUUGCAAGGAAGGGCAGCGACAUGGGUCAAUCGAAACUGUCACAUUCCACGCAUAAUACGAAAGGAAUAAUAAAACAAAAUGAAUCCGACUUUGCGAAGUAUUUCGAAGAUAGCAUUUUAUUUCCUAAAAUUAACAGGAGUAAGAAUGUAUCCUCAGCAUCGACUACUUUAAAAGGAGAUAAGAUUCUGUCAUCCGAAAAAAAACGGAGCCCUCGUGAAAAUAAAAGGAAUAUUGAUACCAAUUCGAUAAAAAAGCAUCCUUUUGAUGUUAUUAACAGUAUAAAAAAAUGCAAUAAAUCUAACACACAAAAUCUUCAAAAUGGAUCUCAUGAUAACAUUGAUAAUGCAAUAAGUGAUAGUAGCAUUGCAAAGUCAUUAACUAAUAUUGAUAGUACAUGUAAUAGAGAAAUCUCGACUGUUAUUUCUCUAUCUCCAGCUAUUUGCACUCAGGAUCGAUGUAAAUUGGCAUCAUGGGGUUUACCGCCAAAUAUUCUUCAAAAAUAUAUUUCUCGUGGAGUACACUGCAUGUUUGCAUGGCAGAUGGAAUGUUUAUCAAAUCACCAAGUAAUGCAAGAGAGAAAGAAUCUUGUAUAUUCCGCACCUACAUCUGCAGGAAAAACUCUUGUUGCUGAAAUCCUGUUGAUUAAAACUGUUUUAGAAAGGCAGAAGAAAGUGAUCUUCAUCUUGCCCUUUGUUUCUGUUGUUAGAGAAAAAAUGUAUUACUUCCAAGAUUUAUUAUCUGAUAUUGCAAUAAGAGUGGAAGGAUUUAUGGGAGGAUCUGUACCUCCUGGUGGAUUUGCUGCUACACAUGUUGCAAUAGCCACUAUAGAGAAAGCGAAUUCACUGGUGAAUCGUUUGAUGGAAGAGGAUGAUUUAAGUAGUUUGGGAGCUGUAAUAAUAGACGAAUUGCAUCUAUUGGGUGAUUCUAAUCGUGGUUAUCUUUUGGAAUUACUUUUGACAAAAUUGAAAUACAUGACUAUUCGUAAUGAAGACAUCAAUAUACAACUAAUAGGUAUGUCGGCCACAUUGCCAAACUUAAUUUUGUUAGCCAAAUGGCUAAAUGCAGAAUUGUACAAGACUGAAUUUCGUCCCAUUCCUUUACAUGAAUAUUGUAAGAUAGGAGAAAAUAUAUAUAACAAUAAAUUAAAUCUUGUCAGAAAAGUAGAAGAAUUGCCAGAAUUAGAAAAAGAUGUAGAUAAUAUUCUGCAACUUUGCAUCGAAACAAUAAGCGCUGGUCAUAGUGUACUGAUUUUCUGUCCUACAAAGAAAUGGUGUGAGAAAUUGGCAGAGCAAAUUGCCACAGCCUUCUUCAAAUUAGGUAAUAAAAAUACAAUACUUGGAGAAAUGUUAAGGAAAGAGCUCAACAAUGUAUUAAUUCAGGAAACUUUGGAACAAUUAAAGCGCAGCCCAAGCGGCCUCGAUAAUAUUUUAAAGAACACAAUUUCGUUUGGCAUUGCAUUUCAUCAUGCUGGACUCACGAUGGACGAACGCGAUAUCAUAGAAGGAUCCUUCAGAACAGGAUCCUUGAGAGUUCUUAUAGCAACAUCAACAUUAAGUAGCGGAGUGAACUUACCUGCACGAAGAGUAAUCAUAAGAUCACCUCUAUUUGGUAAAGAUCUAUUGAAUACUUUAACUUAUAAACAAAUGAUAGGACGUGCUGGUCGUAUGGGAAAAGAUAGUGCAGGAGAAAGUAUACUAAUAUGCAAGCCAACUGAACGCAAUGCAGCUCUAUCCUUACUCUCUGCAAGUCUGGAUCCGAUUGAAUCUUGUCUCAAUGAUUCCACAUUAUUAAUAAGAGCGCUCUUAGAAGCAGUGGCUAGCGAAGUUUUAUAUACAUUGAAAGAUCUAGAACUAUAUAUGAAUUGUACUUUGCUGAGCUUCAAUAAACAAUCUGAUAUACAAACUUUUUCCAAUGAAGCAAUAAAAUUCUUAUUGGAUAAUGAAUUUUUAUUAUUACAAACCACAGAACGAGAAUCCAGAUGGAUAGCAACGCCACUUGGAAAAGCUUGUUUGGCCGCAUCUAUACCUCCCAGGGAAGGAUUGUUUCUAUUUGAGGAAUUACAGAAAGCAAGAAGAUGUUUCGUUUUGGACACGGAAUUACACGUGAUAUAUUUAGUAACUCCACUUUCUGCUGGAUGUCAGAUUGGAACUGUCGAUUGGAUGAUGUUUCAUGAAUUGUGGAAUACCAUGUCGGAAAGCGAGCGCAGAGUAGGAAAACUUAUUGGAGUAGAAGAACGUUUUGUCAUGUCAGCCAUUAGAGGAGUCAUUAAACCUGGAAAAUCGUUAAAUAUACAUAGAAGAUUCUACAGUGCAUUGGCGUUACAUGAUUUAGUUAAAGAAGUUCCACUUCAUGUUGUUUGUAAAAAAUAUGGAUGUUGUCGUGGAGUAUUACAAACCUUACAACAGUCUGCUUCUACAUAUGCAGGUAUGGUCACACAAUUUUGUAAGCAAUUAGGUUGGGAUUGUAUGGAAUUAUUAGUGAGCCAAUUUCAAACAAGAUUGCAAUUCGGGGUCUGUAGAGAAUUGUUAGAUUUAUUGCGUCUGCCAAUGUUAAAUGGUUUGCGAGCAAGAAGUCUGUAUAAACAAGGAAUAACAUGCGUAGCGGACUUGGCUGUUGCUAAUGAACUUAACGUCGAACGUGCGCUCUAUAAAGCUCUCCCUUUUGAAAGUGAAAAAGAAUAUGAAGGAGAAUAUGCGUUUGAAGCGGAAAAAAGAAAUAAAAUGAGAACAGUGUUUGUCACAGGAAGAGAUGGUCUCACACCACAACAAGCUGCAGUUUUAUUAGUUCAAGAAGCAAGGCUAUUAGUUCAGAAAGAAUUAGGACUCGAGCAACUGCCGUGGGAACAGAACGACCGAUCUCAGAUAAAUACAUUUGUAGAAGAUGCUGAAGGUAUAUCUGACAUAAGAGAACAAAUUCAGACGCAAAUGGAUAUAAAAAAUUCAGAAUCUACAAAGAUGGAAACAUCCAUAGUAGAGAACUCAAAAUAUGAAAAGCUUGCAAGUAACGAAAAUCAAAAGAAUGACAAAUUGAAACUUUAUAUUUCUGAAAGAUCUAAUGAAAGUAAUAUAUCCGAUAAAAAGAAAAUGGUAGAAUCAAACAAUCAGCAUUUAAAUGAAGCAAUUUUGUCAUCUAAAAUCUCGGAAGACGAGAGAAAUUCGUCUAUCUUUUUCGAUAUAAGCAUUCCCGAUAUAGUAGUUAACAAUGAACGACUAAGUACUCCUAAAGAAAAGAAAAAUUCUGCCACAACUGAUAAUAGCAUUAACAUGAAAAGAAGUAACAAAGAUUUAGAAAAAUCCUAUCUGAAUGUUAACGAUAUACUUAACAAAAGAUCAAAGACUUCCAAUUUGAAUAAUAUAAAAAGUAAUGACGAGAAUUUAACAGACAACAACGUAAAAGUAUCAAUUAUAAAUCAAGACGCUAAAUUAUUGUAUUCGAAAAGUCCCAGUUUGUUCGAUGAUAGCUUGAAUCUCGACACCCAAAUCUGUGAUCUUCUUGAACAAAAUGUUAUGAAUAUCGCGCCGGAAUUAGAUUCCAAAAUGUUUGCAAGCGAUAUGGAUCUCGUCAUGAAUACAUUAGAGAAAAAAAUUGCAAGUCCAAAUGUCGAUAAUGAGCACUUACAAGGAGAAAGUGACGCGAAAAAUGUAAACACAGCGCUCAUACAAACGAGAAAUAGCGUAUUGUCAUGGGUCGACGAUUCAUGGAAUAAUUCCGAACGAUUGCUAAAGCAGAUAGUUCAAGCAGAUAGUGAUCAAAAUAGCAAGAAAGAAAUAUCUAAACCAAAAAUUAAAAAUAUCGUAAAUACAAGUGUAUCUGUUAUGCCAAAAAAUAUAAAAACUUGCACACCAAACGAUAAAGAAAGCAUGCGCAAAACGGAUAUUAAAAAACGUGCUGCUGUAAUUAAAGAAAAAGUGCCGCGAAAACCUAAAUUGCCAAAAAUAGCGAAAGUAGAAUCUCCCAUAACAAACAUAAUCGUUUAUAGAAACGAAAGGAAAAUGUCUGUGGAGUCAAAUGAAUCGGAUGAUAUCAUCGUCGAUUCGCAGCACUUUGAAUCUCCUUUCAGCGAUAAUAAAAAUCGAACAAGAACAAAAUUGGAGAAAAUACGAAAAAUGCGUUCCCAAAAAUUUGCCGAGAAUACAAUAACGGAAAUAAAUAAUCGUUUAAACUCUCCUAUAAGAGCAGCAUCGAGUGAUAUGGCAGGUAAUAAAACGAAACAGAAAGUGAAGCCAAAAUUGCAGGAAAUUUUGGAACGGAAUUUACUUGCUACAAAUUGCAAUAUAGAUAGCGUUAUAUAUAAUUCCGAAGAUGAGACGAUGUUGACAUCGGUCUCUAAGACAAAAUACGAGACGCAAUCAAAUAUACUGAAUAAAAACAUAAAACUAAAGAUAGAAUCUGCAUUACCUGAUGACAAAACAGAUUUGCCGAGCGAAACAGUGGAUUGGAACAUAUUGAAUAUUGUAAAAGUUGCGGACAAUAGAGUGACUUUUAAUCUAUUCAAACGCGAAGUAUUAAAAAGGCGAAAUAUCGCUUUAGCCUUACAUUGCGAUAAUUUUAUAGAUAAUACAAAUAGCAUAGGUUCGAAGAUUUGUCCUUCCGACACAGAGAGAAAACGAAAGUCCAGAAGAUCUGGGAGUUAUACGCACAGAAAUGUGGAAAUACGCGGUGCUGCGAUAUGCUGGGAGAGUAAUAUUGCAUAUUAUAUCUCUUUCAGUAAUUCAUCAGAAUUGAAGGUCUCUGGAAAAGAACAAAUGGCUUUAUUGAAAGAAUUAUUUGCCGAUACAGCUUUGUAUAUGCGAUGUUUUGCGAUAAAGGAUAUAUAUAAACUCUUAUAUCAAUGUUGUGGAAUCUCUGCCAAAUGUAGAUUUCUGGAUCCAAUAAUUGCACAUUGGUUAUGCACUAAUGAUUCUGAGAGAUAUUUUAGUGAAAUGGUAACGCAAUACUUUCCCCAAGGAAAUUUCAUAAUGAAGCGGAUAAAUUCUUGCUACAGUGCGGGUCCCGGGAUGGAUUUGCGAAGUUCUUUACCGGGCGAAUUUAGAUCAGCAGCAGAAGCCGUACUAACAUGGCACAUGAUGGACAAUGUCAUGAAUAAAUUAGAGGAACUAAAUCCUGUUUUACUUUAUACAUUUAGAGAGGUAGAAAUGAGAAUUGUAACAAUUUUAGCUUGUAUGGAAUUAUCAGGUAUUGGCAUAAAUCCAAAAUCGUUACAAGAACUAUCAUUGGUUACUUCAAACGAAAUGCAAUCUUUAGAAACAAAAGCUUAUGAUUUGGCAGGUAGAAAAUUUAAUUUUUCAUCAUCUAAAGAAGUUGGCCAGGUAUUAGGCUUGUAUAAAGAUAAGAAAGUCAGUACAAAUAAGGCUGUUCUGGAAAAAUGCGAUAAUCCAAUAUCGAAUCUGGUGAUUUCAUGGCGGAAACUGAGUGCAACAAAAACAAAAAUCAUCCAGCCAUUAUUACAUUUGGCCCAAAAAGAUUCUCGAGUUCGUGGUAAUUGCAUUACUUGUACAGUGACAGGAAGAGUCUCGAUGCACGAGCCAAAUUUGCAGAAUGUACCAAAGGAUUUUAGUUAUGCAGAUAAUAAUUUCGUAUUAAGCGUAAGAAUGGCAUUUGUGCCGGCUUUAGGCAACAUAAUGCUGUCUGCUGAUUAUUGUCAACUCGAAUUACGCCUCUUGACUCACUUUUCGCAAGAUUCAAUACUAUGUGAGAUCAUGAGGCAACCAGGUGAUAUUUUUAAAAGUAUCGCUGCCAAAUGGAAUAACGUACCAGAAGAAAAGGUAACGAUGGAGAUGCGUCAGCGCACCAAGCAAUUAUGCUAUGGCAUGAUUUAUGGUAUGGGGGUGAAGUCAUUAGCUGAAAAUCUCUGUAUAAGCGAACCCGAAGCUCAGGAAUUUUUAGAAUCUUUUAUGAGCACGUAUCCCGGCAUAUAUAAAUGGUUGAACGAUGUGCUGGAAGAAGUGCAUCGCGUGGCGUAUGUGACGACAUUACUCGGAAGGCGCAGAAAGUUCCCGGAUUUAAACAGUACAAAGUCAUCUACGAAGGCACAAGCGGAACGACAAGCUGUAAACACAAAAGUACAAGGUUCUGCAGCAGAUAUAGUCAAAAAAGCUAUGAUAAGUAUAGAAGAGAGGAUAAGAUGCAAGUUUCCGGAUUCGGCUAUUAUAUUUCCAGAGGCGCAUGCCACUCGCAAACUACGAAGCAAUAGUCGAGAAAUGCAACAAAGAGGCGGUUAUUUAGUUUUACAAUUACACGAUGAAUUGUUAUAUGAAGUAAAUUUAGCAGAUCUGAAAGAGGUUGCUGCGAUAAUCAGAGAAUCAAUGGAAAAUGUAUGCCAACUUACUGUACCAUUGCCGGUAAAAGUCAGAGUUGGGCCUGCAUGGGGCGAUUUAAGCGAUUAUCAAUUUUAGCAGACGCUUUUCGCGCGCAACAUUAUCUUAUUUGUUUUUUAAAUCGAUAUUCCUAUUUUUAUAUAUUUUUUAUAAUUGAUCAUGUUGAAGAAUUUAUGUAUCAUGUGAAUAUUUAGUAGACAUAUUUUACGUAUUUAUUUUUUAUAUUUAUGAGAAUUGUAAAUAUUCUAAAUUGUUUCUCUUAAUUUAUAUUAUUUACACAUAUUAUUUUUACAAAGAAUGAAGAAUUUGAAAUUUAUUGAAAUCGUAAAUAGUUUAAAAAACGAAAAAAUCUAAUAUAUUUUCUUCUAACUAUUCAGUUAUAUUAUUACUAUAUAUUUUAUCACAUUUUUCUUAAUUCAUAUAAAACAUAUAAAUCUAAAUAUAUAAAAUAUAUAAAACAUUUUUUAUAUAUUUUCAAAAGAAGUUAAAUAUUUUUCCAA